GCCCGACAUUGUUUUUUCCAUCGAUUUCCCUUCAAUUCGACGUCACGAUUUUCGUCGACGCAAACAGUUUGACAGUUCUCUUCAGUUUGUCUUGUUUGGACUUGAAUGCAACCGAAUCGAACCAGUUAUUGUUGAUGUUGGGCUUCGGAAGGAUUUUGACCGAUAUUCAGAAUUCUGUCUUCGUGGCGGUGGAGGAGGAGGACGAGACGCAUGAAUCCGGCGGGCCAGAUCUUCGUGGCGGAAGACAGGACCGGGAGGAACCGAGCUUAUGGAGGAUAUGGUUCAUUCCAAAGGAGGAGGAGGAUGAAUCACCGAAUGUCAAAAGUUCUACCCAAGGUAACCAAACAUAUUCCAAUCUGAUCCUGCUAACAACCCAGCGUCUCCGUGUUGUUCCACGCAGCUUGUUGAACGGAAGCUGUAACGACCGCAAAAACACCUGCUCCAGAAGUUCGUAAACGUUGUCCCGUACUCCGGUGGCCAUCAAUCCAUGGGACAUAAACGGUGGCGCCGCACCCCGCCGUAUCUGCGGCUAGUCGAGGAGCAAUAGUCCUUCUUGAUCAAGAUGCUUCCCCGCACGCUGGCGUCGGCUCGAAAAGAUGGCUGACAAAAUCCGGACCCGGAAGACAACGCCAAAAAAAUCCGGCCAAGAUGCCGAGCGACGAGGAGAUCUGGAAGACCAACCGGAAGACGACACCAAGAUGUACGUGAAGAUCCGCGACACAACAAUUAUAAUGAAAUAAUUGAUUUUUUACUGUGGGGAAAUGUGCAAAUUACAUGAAAAAAUAAAAUAAAUUAAAAAUAAACAAUCAUCUAUUUUUUAACUGCAACAUAACCUAAAAACCUGAAAAAACA